CGCAUGACGGGCCAUGCACGGCAUUCAGUAAAAAUACGUAUGAUCUUUUCAACCAGUGAGAAAUAGUGAGGACCACGCACUCAGAGUUGUUGUCGUACAGUGAUACAGUUUAUUAUCCGCUCGAUAUACCACUACUACUACAUGGAUUGCUCCAAAUCUAAGCCUUUGCGACAAUCAACCAUAUUCAUUCAGAAUGCUCGUCAUUUCAUCGAGAAUAAACUCUGGAGUCGCCGAAUAGAUAGUGAUAUACGACAAGAUACAGUUCCACGGGCCGCCAAUUUGACACUUCCCAUGACACCAAUAGACAACGUUAUUAUAAUCAGCAGCGAUGAAGAAGACGAACUCGAUGCAGGUCAUCAGCUACGGUCGUCCCGAAACAGCGCGUCGGCAGCUACACGAGGUCAAAAUUACGAAUACCCCAUCGAUCUUGAUAUUGAGCCUUUGGGGACAACGCCGCCAAGUCCCAUAUACAUGCAGUUGGCUGACGAACCGAAUGAAAUAGCCAGUUCCAACAACGCAGAAUCCGCAGAUACCCUAAAAAUUUCACUUGACAGUAACCAUACAAUCGAUCCGUCGACGGCUGACACCAUCGUUAUACCUCCCGAAAAUCUCGUGCUAAAUCCAUCCGAUAACACAAUUCCCUCCAAAAGAAGUCACUCCCUGAUCGAUGAUACAUCUAGGACUUUGGAAAUAUCAUUUUCCUCUGCCCCAUCCUACCGCGAGCCGACCCCCUCACCAUUUCAAGCCGAGCACUUCUUGGAAGAAGACUUGGAGGACGACACAGAUUGGAGCUACGUUGUCAGUUAUACACCCCCCAUAAAAACCAAGACUUCCAGUGCCAUGGAUCAGAACCCGACAUUCAUUUCCACAAAAGUCGGAAAAGACAGCAAUUACCUAGAAUUAUUGACAGCCAUGGACAUAUACCUGAGUUCAGUACUUGACACGCUAGAUCAAGCGGAUAAUUCGCGUGCAACGUCGACUAGAAGAGCAGCAAAACAAGCACAAACCCAACGUAUCAAGUCGCUAGAUGUUUGUCGACCAUACGUUCCUGCCGAAUUAUGGAAGGAGAGAAGCUGGGAAUAUUGGGAGCCAUUCCAUGUGGGUGACAUUUUGCAUUGGCCAUUCUCCGAAUGGGAAACGAAAAAAGUGCUGGCAUACAUGAGUAAGCGUUCAAGAACAGGGCUCUCCAGAGGGGAACCCUUCUCGCAAAAUGAUUGGGGAGUCAUAGCAGCUCAACUUCCUGGACGUGACACCGUGGAUUGUGAGCGGUUUUGGAAGGACUAUAUGAAUAAUUGCGCCUCUUCUGAUACCCGUCCUGUCAUUGUUAUAACACACACAGAGAAAAGCACGUUUCCGACGAUGCAGCAGCUACUUAUGGAAAGACAACAGAACGGAAUACGAAGGCCCAAUACCAUGAAGAUGGCACAAUGGUGCACGUUGAGCCGAGAACAAACAUUCGGUGACGGUAGUGGUGAUUGUGAGACCUUGGAAAUUAUUAAUACUCGUGACGGAGAGAUUAUGGUUGUAGCGGGUAGUGCCUGUGAUGAUAACCUGGCAUACAAUGUACAAGGAAACCUACGACUAUGGUCCUCGAGCAGCAGUACCCUUACUGAACUUCGUGGUCAUAAAACAUCGGUGACUUUAUCAGAUGACAGUACACAAGAUCUUUGGCGCACUGUCAGUGAUGUGAAGCUGUCGCUAGACCAAAGGCUGAUCUAUUCAGCAUCAUAUGAUCAUACCGCCAAAGUUUGGGAUGCAGCGACUUGCAAAAUGCUGUCCACCCUACACUUUCAUGAUAGCAGCGUCCAUCAGAUAGCCGUUAAAGAAGACUCCAGUGAAUACAUCUUAGCCACCGCUUCAAGGGACGGUUCAGCAGUCAUAUGGCGCUUGACCCCUAAAGGAAAUGUCGGGCUGGGCAGCGUGUGUGAGAUCGACAAGGACUUAUUUCACGACUCUGUCAGCGUAGAAUGCAUUGAAUUUGGGCAUGAUUAUUCAGAGAAUAUUCUUUUUGCAGGCGUAUCUAGCCCCGAUCGAACACGACCAGGCUUGGUUCAUAUGUUUGAUGCCUCGACGUGUCAGUCACUAGGAUCGUUGGCGUCUAUACACAGUUGCGUUUCCGCAAUAGCAAUAUCAAGUUCAGGUCGAUAUCUCGUCUCUGGCAACUACAGCGUCCAUGAAGACUUAUGUGGUGAUAAAAUUCUUCAUGUCAAUGAUGCUAAAUCAGGGUCAUCCGUCGUGCAAGCUCACACUGGCCAUGUUGAUGUGAAUAUUGUCGCCAUUAGUCCCUGUGAGACAUACAUUUGUUCCGGUGAUCCAGAAAACGAGGUUACUAUUUUCGAUAUGCGAAAAGCCGAUCACCCUUUAUUUCAUGCAACGCAUCACGCCCCUUCAGAUCAUCUCAUAGACCCUGAAACCAACAUGGGUAUUCGAGGAAUCUAUUUUAUGUCAACUGGUCGGAUGCUUGUUACUGCAGGCGGGGAUUGCUCUGUGAAAUUAUGGGACUUAUGGGGCAGCGGUGAAUUGUUGAAGACAUAUCCCACUUCGAACAACGUAACAAGCCUAAAAGUGGAUGAAUCCACCAUGACGAUCGCAGCUGGGGUGGCUGGCUCACAGUCGAUUGUUCACGUUUGGAGACCUUAAGCAAAUGGGAUCUUCUGGCGACUUUCCGUUUUCCGUAUUGCGACCCUCUCAUUAGGUGAGAGAGGAAGAUAUAAUCUGCAGCUCGUACCAACCAUCUUGCUGUGAUGAACGACGAUAUAGCAACAUUAGAAAUAUCCUGCGUUUGCAUUUGCAUGUCGAUUGUCAAUGUCUGUUCUAUACAUCCCGUAUACUGUAUCAUCCAAGCUAGUGUAAUUCUCAUCUGUACUGCUUCAUAGCCACCGCUUGAGACUGACGAUUUAGGAUAAUACUUUAAAAAUGAAAAUACCAUGAUCAUGCUCUGUUUAUUGUUAGAAGAAAUUAAAUCACAUAUUGAAAGAAGGUGCACAUGCGUGGAUUGGUAUCAGUCCGUGUAGGCUGAUCC